GCAAAGGUACGUGAACAGUCUUUUAUUCGUGUUGAACCUUUCAUUCACAUGCGUAGACAUGCUUAUACCGAAAUAUCGUUUUGAUUCGUUCUGUUUUUCGUCUGAAUGAGCGUUCAUGCAUUGUGAGAGUUGUUUAAAAAAAAAAGGAAAAACGCUGGAUACGCGCAAAAGAAAAAUCAGGGGUGUGUAGCUAGUGAAAGCAGCGCAGUCUAGAAACGACUGCCAUGUGGUUUUCUGUCAGGAUGGUUUCAGAGACGGCAGUGAUGCAGGGAAAGAAGCGUCUCUACAGGCUGGUUUCAACAUGGGAUACACGGAAGGAGCCACUAAAAUGACAGUCAUCGGUCAGCUCAAAGGAAUCGUCAGCGCCGUUCGAUGCUGGUGUCAGGUUCAGCUGCCUGGAAGCCCGACUUCUGCAUCGAUCACGGAUCUGCUACGGAGAUUGGAGGUGCAUGAGGACGGACUGGUGGAGGACAUGAGGAAAGCCCAGCAGAGGCCUCCACCUAAUUUGACUGAGAUGGUGGAUGACAUGAAGGACCUAAAUGUUGAACAAAGAAACCGAGGUGGAGAAUCCAGGUGCUCAAACAGUGGGGACUGUUGUGGGAGAGGGGGAGCAAAUGGUGACUGUUGUGGAAACGUUGGAGGCGUGAGUGAAGAUUCACCGAGAACUCUUUGCCAGCAUUCUUUCUCUGCAGGAGAGAGUCUAAAACAGCUGCUAAAGUGCUGCUCGGACUUGGUAACAGAACUGGGGCUUCCUGAAGAAUUAAAACUUCACAUACAGCAGCUCAUAGACGCUUGAAGUGGAUUCACUGCAGCAGAACAUCUGAAUAUAGCAUCCUGUGUGGGCAGGAAACAACAAGCAAAUUCGUGGAAAGAUAAUAGCCUGUGCAUUAUUUGACCUUUUUUUUUUUUUUCAUUGCUGUGAUUCUAUUGAACUGCAGUUUUGCUGGAUUAGUACUACACUGUACAUUUUAAUACCCUUUUAUAUAAUAAAUGGUCUGAUAUAAAGUUUCAAAA